AUGGCCGCGCUCCUGGCCCCGCGCAGCGCCGGGCCCACGGCGCGCGCGCCGCUGGCGCGCGCGCCGCCGGCGCGCGCGCUCGCGGGGGCCGCGGCCGCGGGCGCGCCCGCCGCCGCGCGGCGCGGCGGGGGCGCGAGUGUGGCCACGAGGCGGGGCCGCGCCGAGCGCGGGCUGCUCGCCGCCGCGGCGCUGGCGGCGGCGGCGCGGCGCGGCCGGGCGGCGCGCGCGGCGGAGGGCGGCGCCACCCCGGCGGCCCAGACGCCCUCCAGCACCACGGCGCUGGCGCUGGCGGCGGUCUGCCUCCUGUCCACGGUGCUCAACCGGAUGAGCUUCCGCUUCGUCCUCGUGCCGAUGGGCCAGCUCACGCACCUGCUGUCGAUCACGACGAACUUUGUCUACAUCGCAUUCUUCUCGAGGAACAGGCGAUCACACAUACACCAAAACUCUCCGAAAAUUUGUGUUGGCGUUUUUUUCUGUUCCCCGAUCUUCUUCCUCGUCUGCCUGCUGAAGGCCCGGUCUGGGGGCCUGGCCAAGGACAACCGGGACUUUGUGGUGCGCGGGCAGGGGCGGUGGCUGCUCGCGGCCGCCGGGCUGGCGGAGUGCACCGCCUUCACAGCCAUGCCGCUCUUCGCGCGGCAGCUGCCGGGCUCCAUGCUGGCCGUGCUGUCGCAGUCCAUGUUGCCGUUCUCGAUGUUGUUCAGCAUCGCGGUCUUCAGGCGGACCUACGACGCCAUGCAGAUCCUCGGCGUGGGAGUGGUGAUGCUGGGCAUCGCCACCUGCUCGUACCCGAAGUACGUUGCCGACAUCGCAGCUGGCGCUGGCGCCGGUGCCGGGAGCGCCUUCUUGUUGAACGCCGCAGGGUUGCUGAUCAGUUACUCUUUCAUCGCCGGCUCCUUCGUCUUCAAGGAGAAGGCGUUCCGGGCCUACGCCGCGGCCAAGCCGGGGGGCAAGCUGGACAACAACGUUGUGAACCUCGCAGCAGCCGUCUGGCAGUGCGCUGCCCUCUGGCUGCUGUGGCCCUUCAACUUCAGAUUCCUCACGCCUCUGGCCCCCGCGGCGUACUUCGGCAAGGCGGUGGGCGUCUUCACGAAUCCGGCGACGGCCGCCGUCGUCGCCGUGUACUGGGCGGCGAACAUCUAUUACCUCGGCACGUCGCUUACCGUCGUGUCGCGGCUGUCGUCCGUGGUGGCGAUGUUGAUCAGCGCCCUUGCGGUUCCCGUGAGCGCUUUUGCCUUCUGCCUCAAGUGGCCCGUGUUGGGGGCCGAGCCCUUCAGCCUGUACACGGUGCUGGGCCUGCUUAUCAUCACGGGCGGCCUGCUCGUCUACAACCACAAGCAGCUGACGUCGUAGCGCGGCCUCGGCCAGCCCCCGCAGACUCGAGGAGCUCGGGGAAACGCCAGGCUCGAGCUCCGCUGGAGCUCGGGGUCGCCGAUGCUUUUGGACGAGCGUGUCCUGGGUUUUUUGUGGCGGUCCAGUUUGUGUGGGAGGUCUGCAGCGGGAGCUCGCGUCAAGGGGGAACCGUGUGAUCUAGGCCCUCUCAGAUGGGCUCGGAGCAGGCGGGGUCGGAGGGUCGCACCGCAUCGCCGAUGCAUCGGCGAUGUGAGGCCCGAUGUUCUCCAUGCAGACGGCGCCGGUGCAUCGCCUACGUCGCUGAUGCAUCACCGAUGCAUCGCCGAUGGCCGCCGAUGCGGCGCCAACCUCCGACCCCAGUUGGAGGGCCUCCGUGUGGGCUCGCACCAGAGGGCCUCAGGUCACCCUGGCGAAUGGCGGCUCUUUCGAGCAGCCGCGCGCUCCAAUUUUCGGAAGUGCCCCCCCGGUUCCCCCCCGGGAGCUUCGGCCGCUGGCGCCGCGCCGCGAUGCGGUUGGGACAGACGGCGCUGCGGUCCGCCUGGGAGGAGGCCUGGCCUGCUGCAUGCUGCUCCGGCCCGAUCGGGACCCGUCGCUGGCGUGCGUGACACGGUGCUGGUGCAUGCACCAGCACCGUGUCAUUCCCCACCGCCACCCACCGCCACCCGCCAUGGCACCAGUUGCACGCGUGCAACUCCCACCGCCGCCCACCACUGCAACACGAGGCGGUUGCAGUCCGGCGCGCUGGCAUUCAGCCCAGACAUUUUCCUGCAUGAGUUUUCCGUGUCUUUCUAUAUUGCCAUUUUGUGCAAGUAUAUCUUAUGGAAAGAAUGAAACAAAUUCUUUUCAUAAUAUACAGUAAAGGUUUGCCGUCUAGGU